UUCCACUUAAAGAGUUGAUACAAUGGCGUUGGUAUUGGUUGCUAAAAAAGGUACUACUUCGCCUAUAUGGCAUUUUUUUGGAUUUAGACCUGAUGAGAGAGGGCAGCCAAGGGACCUGACUGAAGCUGUGUGCAAGAUCUGCUCAUGUGUCAUCCGCGCAAAAGAUGGGCAGACGACCAAUCUUCAUGACCACUUGCGUGUUCGCCAUCCAGCAGAAUAUGCCACUUUGCCUGCACGUGCUGGACCUAGCAAAAAAGCUAGCCAGGGUCAGCAGACGAUAACUGGGGCUUUUGCAAAAGGCACUAAAUAUAAAACCGACAGUGACAGAUGGAGGCAGUUGACAGAUGCGGUAACUCGCUUCCUGGCCAAAGAAAUGGUUUCGUUCAAUACAGUAGAGAAGCCGUCCUUCAAGGCCAUGCUGCAUACCUUUGAUAAACAGUAUGAGCUGCCAGGUCGGAAAUAUUUCUCAAAGACGGCUAUCCCAAACCUUUUCAACGAGGUUAGAAGUAACAUCAUGAAAGAGCUGGGUGAUGUAGAAUAUUUGGCCCUGACAACGGACAUGUGGUCCAGCUGUAAUAUGAUGCCCUACAUGUCAGUGACAGCGCAUUAUAUAAAUAAAGAGUGGACACUGCAGUCCAAAUGCUUACAAACUUGUUUCAUGCCCGAGAGCCAUACAGCAGAUAAUUUAGAAGAAGCACUGCGCGAGGCAAUAAAUGACUGGAAACUACAAGAGAAACAAAUUGCCUGUAUAACUACCGACAAUGGGGCGAAUAUUGUUGCAGCCAUCCGGCAGUUGAAAUGGCCAUGGUUAAGUUGCUUUGGGCACAACUUGAACCUGGCCAUAAACAACUCGCUUGCGCAACAGAGGGCCAGCACAGACCGAGCUUUCGGGGUUUGCCGGGCAGUCAACACUGCGUUUUCGCACAGCUGGCUAAGGCGACGUGAACUGCAGAAAGCACAAGUGGAAAUGAAACUCCCUGAGCACUCACUGAUCACGGGCUGUGCAACACGAUGGGGCUCAAAACAGCAAAUGGUGGAGAGAAUUCUGGAGCAGGAGCAAGCCAUCAAACGUGUGUUUGCCCAAGACAAAAGCCGCCGCCCACUCCCCCAGCUGACAUGGCAAGACAUGACUGUUCUGGAAUCUGUGAACAACGCGCUGAAGCCAGUAGCGGACUUCACGGACAUUCUCUCUGGAGAAAAUUACGUAACGGUGUCCUCACUGCUGCCCAUGUUGGCCCAUUUAGAAGGUGUGCUGGAGGAGUCAGUUGAUGAUUCCAAACUGACAGCCGACCUGAAGCGUGUCAUCCUGGAGCAGAUGGAAGGCAGAUAUGGUGAUGACACCAUCCAGAGGAUGAUGCGUAAAGCAACGCUGCUUGACCCAAGGUACCGAGGGGACCAUAUGAAACCUCCAGAACUUCAUUCUACAAAAUCUGAAAUAAUGGAAGAGACUGUGAGAGAGAUUGAUCUGUCGCUGCCAAGGCCAACACCAGGUCCCUCACAUGCUGGAGAAGAUGUAGAGGAACCAGAUGCCGGCGUCGCCACCGUGCCUAAGAAAAAAAAGUGGUCUUUAGGCAGCCUUCUUGCGAAGAGAGCAGCCACAGCAGCUGCAGCCAAGCUCACUGAUGAGCAAAAGGUCGAGUCAGAAAUGACCAUUUACCUGCAGGAAAUGGCCAUCGAUGGGGAAGAGGACCCACUGACUUGGUGGAAAACGAACUGUGCAUAUGUGCUACCAGUACUCCUUCAGAGCGGGUCUUCAGCACAGCGGGGAGUGUAGUUACUCCAAUUCGCAGCUUAUUGAAACCAGACAAAGUGAACAUGUUGGUAUUUCUGGCCAGAAACAUCGAAAUUUAAACAUGGUAUAUGUAUGUAAAUCCCGCGUUUCGGUCUGAUUGUCGUUCCCGUUUUCUUGUUCUUUGUUGUUCUUCUGUGUUUUAAUAAAUUUGUGUUAUCUGAA